AUGUGCUAUGGAGUUGAAGGAGGGCAAAUAUGUGACCUGGCAACCCAUGUAGAAGACUUCGCUUGUUUUUGUGACCUCAGUACAUGCUUUGAUCGACCUGGGUCACGAGGUGUGGAUUUGUAUGGUGAGUUUAAACAGUUUGUUGAAAAAUCAACCAAUGGGAUUGUCGUUGCGUCCUUUGGGGGAACUGAUAUUUUAUUUCCUGAACACAUCUCAGCUAAACAGGCGUCUGCCUUUGAACAACUUGAGUAUGACGUUAUUUGGAAAGUCAACACUACUUCACCUGUAUCUACUAAAAUUAUGACUUCUAACUGGAUUCCUCAGAACGACCUACUUGGUCAUCCUAAGACCAAAGUCUUUGUUUCCCAUUGUGGUAAAAAUGGCCAAUACGAGGCUUUGUACCAUGCUGUUCCUAUUUUCUGUUUACCUCUGUAUGGCGACCAGUUCUACAACUCUAAAAGAACUAGGGAUGCUGCCCAGCUUCGCUUAGAACUGACCAGUAUUUUAAGAGAACUUGCCUUUGAUUUUAAAUACAAAAGAAACAUCGAGAAAGCGUCCAAGCUAUUCAAAGAGCUUUACAAAGUUCCAUCCAAAGAAGCCGCUUACUAGAUAGAUCACGUGAUGAAGUAUGGCGGAGACUAUAUGAGGUCAUCAGGACAGGAAAUGCCGUUGUAUCAAUUUCUUCUUCUUGACGUCAUCGCUUUUAUAACAGCUGUUCUGUCUGGAGUUGUUGUUAUUUUUAUCCUCAUUGUCAGGUUUUGUUUAGGACGGUUCAGCAAACAGCCAUUGAAAAAUAAACAGAAAAACAGCUUACAAUUAAAGAAAUUAUCUCAUUGA